UCACUUUGAGUCGCUGUCACGACACCCGUCACACGACACGCUCAUCGCGUGUUUUGUUGAUGUUUUCAUUCGUGCACAAUCGAUUUUUUUGACCUCACGGUCAAAAAUAUUUUAAAAUUCCAAUUUUCUCACGUAUUUCUGCAAAAAAUAUCAUUGCUUUGGUAAACAGAAAAUAACAGUAAUAGUGAACGGUUUAACGCCCCAAUGUCGCGAUGACAUCGGCCGGUAACGACACCGAAACUGCCACGGCAAUUCAAAAAGCAACAGCAGGUUCGUCAGUGAUUGGCCCUCUGAACUUCGGCAAGGAUAACGAAGGUGGCAAUCCACCGCCUUCCCGGCUGACGGACGAUACCGCCGUCGAGUGUAUGUUCUGUGAGAAUGUGUACAACUUCCGACUGGGCGACUCGCGGGACCAGUAUCUUGCACAUCUGUACAUGGUCCACCGGUUAGUGAUUGCAGACAUCGGCGAAGUGGAAUGUGUGGCCAGCUACAGUCGCUUUUGGAGGGAUAAAUUCAGGGAACAUCCUAUGGAGAAAUACUGUUCGGCGCUGCUGUUGAACCAUCUGCCAGACGGAACGCCGGCCAGUAAUGAGAAGUACUUUAUGCUGAGUGAUAUUGAACCGCUGGAUUACGAACUGAGACAGAGGUUGAAGCGAGAGAUGAUGGAGCUAGUUUUGGCGCGGCAUCAGUUCGAAAGGACAGAUCGUAACUUUAAUCGGGGGUGCCUGUACUGCCGGGAUCUGCAGGCCGAAACGAGGGCGGAAUUCCUGGAGCAUCUGUACUCGAAGCACUUUUUGCUGCUCGGGAAAGCGGAGAACUUGGUUUUCGUGGACGAACUGAUCGACGCGGUUCAGGAGAAGAUGGAAAAUUUGAUUUGCUUGUUCUGCGAGAAGGUGUUCAAGGAUCGUCCGACCCUCAAGGAACACAUGAGAAAAAAGGGUCACAAAAGGAUAAAUCCGGACAACAAGUUCUAUGAUCGAUUUUUCCUAGUGAACUACAGGAAUGAUCGCUUGAAGAAACCGGCGCCUACCGGGAAGCAGCCGGUUCCGAUAAGGGCUCGAGCCAAGGAAAGUUCACCCUUCCAUUCGGAAGAUUCCGAUUCGGAUUGGUCGGACUGGUACGGCGAGGAACAGCCAACGACCUGUUUGUUCUGCACCGUCGCUAAAGGCAAAAUAGACGAACUCAAGCAGCACAUGAAGGUAGACCACAACUUUGAUUUCGACGGCCAGGUUGUCGGUCUAACGUUUUACCAGCGGGUGAAAAUAGUCAACUACAUUCGUCGCCAGAUGCACGUCCUCAGGUGUGUCCAAUGUCGCGAGGAGUUCCCCUCGAAAGACGAACUGCAAACACAUCUUCGCGAAGCCGGUCAUUAUUCCACCGGAGAGCAGCAGUUUUGGGAUCAGCCGGAAUUCUUUUUCCCCACCUACGAGGACGAUCAGUUCCUGUGCCAUCUGGAGGAUGACAGUCCGGAUCUGUCCGACGACAGUUCGGUGGUCAUUUCGGAAAAGGUGGAAGCAAAAGUGAACCCGGAGGCGGAAUCGUUAUCGCUUGAAAACUUCAGAUUGGAUUAGAUUUUAGAAAUCGAUGGUCGUUUUUUGCAAUAUACAACUAUGUAUUGGAGCUUAAA